AUGAGCGUUCCGACUCGCGUCCUUCAUCAUGGCGCCAAGCCCAUCUCCUUGACGGAGUUUCGGGAUGCUGUCGAGGCCGUCUGUCCUCCACGCUUCCCAGCAGUCCGAUAUGCACGACCGCGGCGAGUUGCCCUUGCCAUCAGCGGCGGUGUGGAUUCCAUGGCCAUGGCCUUCCUCUUCUCCAACCUCAUAAGAGCACACCGAGGCAUCAAAAUUGCAGACAAUCCGACCGAAAGUGCUUUUGGCGUCAUUGUUGAUCAUAGAUUGAGACCAGGGAGCACGCUCGAGGCAGUCAAGGUGGCACAGGAGCUCAAGAAGCUGGGUCUCAAAGCAGUCACUAAGCCUCUCAACUGGAAGGAUGUAAGCCGACAUGGCCAAGAUCCGAGUAGUCUCCCAAACAUGGAGAGUGUUGCGCGAACAAUGCGGUACCGCAUGCUUGGGUCAACUUGCCGCUACCUCAAUGCCACCAGUUUAUUCUUUGCCCACCAUCGGGACGACCAGUACGAAACUGUUCUCAUGCGUUACAUGAGUGGCCAUCAAUAUCGUGGGUUCCAGGGGAUACGAGAGGCCAAUGCCAUCCCGGAGUGCUACGAUUUGCAUGGCGUCUACAAGAGCGGCUUGUUGGAUGAUCAGUCGGCCCAACAUCCGUAUUUAAGCUUCAAACCCCCCAACAAGGAAAUGAAGCGCCUGAGGUGGAUGAUGAAGGAUGAUUGGGAAAUCCAGCCUUGGGACCGACUGAAGCACUAUCUUGGUAUUAAUGAUUUGUCAGCCCACUUUCCAGGUCACAUCAUACGCGAUGUAGACUCGCGUGUGCCGUACUUGACCCCAUUAAACUGCGAAGAUGGUGGCAUCACGAUAUACCGACCGCUCCUGGAGUUUGAUAAGGAUAGGCUCAUUGCCACCUGUGAGGCCAACAAGAUCAAGUGGUUCGAAGACCCAACAAAUGCUGACCCGACUCUCACGCCGAGAAAUGCCAUUCGACACAUGAAUCAUAGCCUACUUCCACCUGAACUCCGCAAGGAAGCAAUCCUCGACAUGUCGCGAGAAGCGAAGCGUCGUACAAGGCUGGAAGAAGCUGAGGCGCGACGCUGGUUGAUGCGUGAAGCUGUCAUACAUGAUUUUGACCCAAACGCAGGCACGCUACUUAUUGAACUUGCGUCGUUCAGGUCGAACAACGCACAUUGGCGGCGUCUCUUUUCUAAGCCAAGAGAUGAGGCUCGCAAACCCCAUUCGCGACUCAUUGCAGCCAUCGCUAUCCGCAAACUGGUUGAAUUCGUCACCCCGGACAUGAGUGUCCCUCCGUUAGCGAACCUAGACAAUGUCAUUGACCGACUCUUUCCAGAGCUUGCUUCUCAGCCAGACUUAUCGCUACCAAAGGCAUUCACUAUCGCCGGCGUCGUCUUUGACCCCAUUGUCGGCCCCGCAUCAACCAAAUGGUUCCUAUCGCGAGCUCCCUAUUCAUCCAUAAAACCGUUACCAGAGCGAAAACUCCCCGGCUAUCUCAAUUAUCGUAUCACCCCCUUAGUCAGUGAAAUACACGACCAACCUUCUCGCCAUUGUCACUGGCGCACCUGGAAAACCGCCAAGCUCUGGGAUGGUCGAUACUGGAUCCGAGUGAGUGCCUGCGUGCCGGCAAGAUUCCACAUCCUGCCUCUCCUACCGCACCAUGCGAAGCCUUUCCGGAAAGCACUGCCGCCGAGGCAACGUUCACGGCUAGAGCAGAUCCUCAAGUAUUACGCCCCAGGGAAGAUUCGAUACUCCUUACCCGCGCUGUAUAGUGUUGAGGCAACAAAAGCAGAGGACGGGGCUACUCCGACUUUGACAUUACUUGCACUCCCUAGUUUGGGGAUUCAUAUACCCGGCUUAGAGCGAUGGGUUAGGGGCGCAGGCCCCCAUGCCGAUGUAUCAUCGGCCAUGGACGAGAUCAAGGAGAUUGCGGAGGCAGAGGGUGACGGCAUUUAA